UAUGUUUGCAUUGGUUAAGGGUGUUUAUGAAGAAAUUUCAAAGCGUGAAGAAUAUUUUAUAACAAUCUUAGGUCUAGACGGAGCUGGAAAAACGACCUACUUAGAAAUGGUCAAGAGGUUACUAGACAAUAGGCAUAAAGAACGCGAUUUACACAAGAUCACUAGCACUGUUGGAUUGAAUCGUCUGACUUUAUUCUUUUUUAAAUUUUCAUUUCUACUUUUAGACUCCAAAAUUGUCUUAAACGAAUUUAUUUUGAAUUUAUGUGAUUUGGGUGGCCAAGCAGAUCUCAGAUAUAUUUGGGAUGAUUAUAUAAAAGAAUGUCAUGCCACUAUUUUUGUAGUAGAUUCUGUCGAUAGUCAACGCUCCAGUGAAGCUAUUUCGUGUUUAGAACAAAUUUUGUCAAAUUCAAAUGUACAAAAACAACCUUUCCUCGUCCUUUUAAAUAAAUGUGAUAAUGAAAUGUCUCCUUUACAAAUAAAUGGAUAUAAAGAAGAUUAUGUAGUUAAAGAUAAUGAAAAUUCAAGUGAUAUAAGCAAAGAUGAUUUUCAACAAACAACAUUUCAGUCAACUUCUGGCGGAUGGAGAAGUUUUGAAUUAGACAACACCGAAGGAAUUAGUGGAGAUUGGGAACAAAAUAGUGAUUAUGGUUCGUCGUCUUUUUCGUCAACAAUUCCUGUAUCGACGUCAAUGACGGCUGAAAUAAAAUCAGAAAUUGACAGCCGUUUGGGAGAAGUUUUGCAAGGAGAUGUGGCUAUUUUCUCAAUUUCUGCAAAACAAAAUGCCGGUGUAAAAAAGAGUGUCAAUUGGUUAAUAAAUGCCUUAAAAUCAAGGAGCAAAGAAAUAUUUCAAAGUUAA